AUGGCUGCUCUUCAUCACGUCGAUAUUCGAAACUUCUACAUCGAAUCGGCCUCCUUCAUCCAAUUUUCUCGUCGUUGCCGCUCCCCCUUCGUCUUCUUCGACACUGAGUUCACACUCAGCUGCAUUUUCCGACACUCUAAGCAUCACACGCAGCUCUCCCCUACCGAGCGCUACUCUGUCCUUAAACUGAAUUCCAACGUCAUCCGCCCCACUCAAGUCGGCAUAACUGUCAGCGACGGCGGCACCUCCUCCGCCACUUGGCAGUUCGAACUCCAAGACUUCGACCUCCGCAGCCACAGCCAUGCUCCCGGCACAAUCUCCCUUCUCGAGUCAUCUGGGAUAAAUCUUUCCCGGAAUCGACAGGUUGGCAUCCCCUCCACCUGGCUCGCCCGCCUUCUGCUUGAUGCGGGCCUCGUCGGUGACUUCUCCAAAGCGACAUGGGUAGCUUUCCACGGAUGCUACGAUUUCGUAAUCUUGUUCAAAGCUCUAUUUCAGCUGACGACGAACAUGCGGGUGAUGCUGCCAGAGACCAUGGAGGAGUUCAUGGCGCUGACAAAAUGGUUUUUUGGUGGCCGCAUAUAUGAUGUGAAGUGCUUGAUAAGAAGAUGUGAUGGGCUUUACGGGGGACUGGAGAAGGUGGCAGAGAAGCUAAACGUGAAGCGUGCGGUGGGGAAAGCACAUCAGGCGGGAUCUGAUAGUUUGCUUACUUGCCAGGUGUUUCUGAGGAUGAAGACGAUUUAUUUCAGUCUUGGUGAUGAUGGAAAGGAAAGGAAAAUGCCUUAUAAAGGGCUUAUUUUUGGACUUAACAAUUGA